UUGAAAUGAGUCACGUGCUCUGUUCUGCGCGCAGGUGUCAGCAUUUUUUGGAUCGUGGACUCGACGAGCUCCUUCGAAUUUUCGAAGUCCUCCCCUCAUUUUGUGAAUCAACGAUGGUAGUAGUUGAUGGAACCGAGGACACCAAAAAGAUUAAAGGGCUGUGUCUUUUCCACUUUGGCCCGUCAAUCGCCUCGCAAAAGGUACGAGCCUGCCUGGAAGCCAAAAAGCUCAAAUGGCGUAGCAGGAUUGUAUCGUUGAGGGAAAUGGAGUCCGACUGGUACUCUGCCAUCCAUCCCCAAGGCACGGUCCCUGCACUGGUACAUGACGGCGUCACUCACAUUGAAUCAGCUGACAUCAUGGCCUAUCUCGAUGAAGCUUUCCCUGAAAUACCUCUCUGGCCUACUUCAGAGAAAGACAAAGAAGCUGUCCAAUGCUGGCUGGACCUGGAGCAAACCNGUCCAGAGACCCAUGAAGUUUCUGACCUAUAGGUUCCCCUGUGGUCCCUUCGCUGGGCACAUGGAGAUAGAUCAGAGGCUUGCUGGCCUUGCCGGCCAUAGAGAGAGGAAUCCCGAAGGCUACACUUUUCACAGAAUGGUGCAGGAAGGGGUAUUGAAUGAUUGCAAUGUGAAAGCAGCUAUUGAGACAAUUCAUGAUGCCCUGCAAAAGCUGGAAGCUCGCCUUGCAGACCACGACUGGCUAGUUGGUGACCAGAUCUCAUUGGCCGAUUACUGCUGGGGGCCCAAUGUCUAUUGCUGCAUGGAAGAGUACAUGUUAGGGUUCCCAAUGGGCCGGUACCCGGCCGUACGUGCUUGGUACAAGAGGCUGUUCCAAGAUGAGGCUUUUCAGAGGGGAGUGAUUUCGUACAGCAGUGUUCCUCUCAAACCUGUUUUGGCCAUCAAGAACUACAUCCAGGAGUUCCUAGGCAACAGCGUCAGCUGUUUUGAGAGGGAAGUCAAGCCCAAUUGGGCUCCGUCUGUUGCACUGUCUGUCAUACUCCUCGUGAGUUCCAGUCUCCUGUCGUAUGCGUCCAUAACAGCUGCCACAGGAGUGUCAUCUGCCGCGUUGAACACUGGUCUGGUAGCACUCUGGUUGGGCGCUCUAUACUCAUGCUACAAGAAGGCCCGUACAGCCACCAAAUCGGUCUACUUUUCUGGGAUCCACAGCAUGAGGGCGCUCUUGACCAAGUCAUAUGGGAGUGAGGUGCCGAUGGUGUGCGAGACACACCCCAGGCCUAAGGUGGUUUUACCAGAUGAUGUGCUAGUGAGAGUCCAUGCCGCCUCCAUCAAUCCAAUUGACUUCAAGAUGGAGGAAGGAUAUGGAAAGACAGCAUUAAACUUUCUCCGCAGAAAGCUGAAGAUGGCUGCUGGUGAUGGCAGAGAGUUUCCUCUGAUUCUUGGCAAAGAUUUCUCCGGUGUUGUGGAGGCAGUGGGGGAGUCCGUGUCAAAGGUCAAAGUAGGUGACGAGGUUUGGGGUGCCUUGUCAUUUGUCCCACUACCUGGCACAUUUGCGGAGUAUGUCCUAGUCAAGGAAGGACUUGUAACCCAGAAGCCUAGCUCUCUUACUCAUGUCCAGCAAGCUGCCUUAAGCUAUGUUGCCAUGACAACCUGGGGAGCACUGGUGAGAGCUGCUGGUCUGUCCUCAGAAAAUACUGCCGGUAAACGUGUUCUUGUUCUCGCUGGCACUGGGGGUGUCGGUUCCUUCGCCAUCCAAUUAGUGAAGGCCUGGGGAGGUCAUGUGACCACCAGCUGCAGCACCAGUGGUCGAGAGUUGGUGGAGAAGCUGGGAGCGGAUGAGGUGGUGGACUAUACGAAGAUAGAUCUGGAGAGUGCCCUCAAGGACAAGCCAAGGUUUGAUGUGGUCCUAGAUAGCCUCGGUCCGGCCUCCUACCAGACCUGUCUGAAUCUCUGCAAGCGAGGAGGCUGUGUGGUCACUGUGGACUCGCCCGCCCUGCUGGCUCUGGACAAGCACGGCCUUCUGCUGGGCAUCCCUAAGGCCAUAUAUGACCUGUGCCGGAUCAGCAUCCCACAGAAGUUGUUUCACGGAAGAAGUUUCAAGUAUGGCUUUGUGGCUCCGAGUUCUGAUGCUUUGGAUGUUGUUGCUGGUCUGGUGGAACAAGACAAGAUCAAGCCGGUUGUGGAGAAGGUCUACAAUAUGGAAGAUGGCAACGAGGCCCUGGAACAUGUACGAAAAGGACACGCCAGGGGUAAGACUGUACUGGUUAUGAAACCUGAUGAAUAGUGAAACUGCUUUGCAUGUGCAAAUGUUUGUAAAUUCGGAGGGCCAUAGGCCCUGGAACAGGUGUAAAGAGAAUACACCAGGAAGACAACUCUGCUGCUUAUGAAAUGGAAAUAGGAUGUUUAGAUCUAGAACGUUUGCUACACAGAGUUUAAGAUGUAAUACUUUAAAAUGGACAUCAAGCAUGAAAAAGGACAUGUUAUUGAAUUAUAACAAAAAGGGCGUUCUCACGUCUUGUGACUGUCCUGGAUUCUUGUAGUCGGCCACAUUUUCAUUGUCAUUGUAUUUUGCCCUAGGUGAUUAUAAAAAUGAUUCGAAAUCAUGUAAUCAUGUAAUUGAAUCUCACAGUCCUUAAUGAUCAAUGUUAGAAAUAAAUUGUACUUAAGGAUCAGCGUUGAUUUUAAAUUGCUUGAAAGAAUGCAUCUUAAUUUAUGCCUAAUUGCAAUGAAAUUCAAACUUUAAUUUUUGAAGUAGAUACAGUUUUUGCCAAUUCUUUCCACAGACAGAAACAAAUGAGGCUUGGAAAUUCUGUUUUGGGUGUAUUCUGUUUGUCAGCACAGAUACAAAUUUUCAUUACUUCAAGAAAGUUGGGAACCAUGGUAUUGUUAGGCGACAUUUCCCAUUAAUUUGGAAAUAAAAGCAAAAAAAUUCAGGUUAAUUUAA